UACACCCCGGGUUCCCCCCGGAUCCCAGGUCCGAGAGGCUCCGUUCCCAGCGGAGCCUCGCGGUACCUGUGACCGGGGGUGGACGGGAAGGAGCCGGGAAGAGUCCGUGUGUGCCCCGCAGCGAGUCACCGCCAGGCGCAGGAGGGGAGGGGUGCAGGGGUUGGCGGGUAGAAGGAACAAGCUCUUUGUUAUCUGGCCGCGUGGCCGCUCUGGGGCAGGGGGUCCCGCCAGCUGUCUGCACUGGGGAGCCGCCCAAAGGGGUCACGGCUGGGCCAGUCCCCCGUGUCCGAGAGCAGGCGCAGGGCCGGGUCCAGGGAACAUGGGGGAAUAAGCUGCCCACGGGGAAUUCCCCUGCUCCGCUGUCUCCGAGCUGGGGACCGGGGAGGAAGGGGGCAGGGCCGCCGCCGCCGCCUGCAGAACUCGUGUUUCGGAGCUAGAGAAGCAGUAUGCCCCCAGCCGGUGGUCUCACCGCAUGGAGAAGGAGGCUGUGAUAGAGGCCCAUGUCAGGGAGGUGACUGAAGGCACCAGGAGGGCCCAGGCCACCAUGCAGACCCUGCUGCAUGUCCCUUAUGGGGGCAGUGAUGGGGAGAAACUGGACAUUUACUUACCCACAGAUCCCUCUGGAGCCUUCCCACUCGUCCUGUACAUCCACGGUGGAUACUGGCAGUUUUUAAGUAAGGAGGUGUCGGGCUUUAUAGCGCCCCCUCUGGUGACACAGGGCAUUGCGGUGGCAGUGGUUGGCUAUGAUGUGGCUCCGAAAGGCCACUUGGAUGUGAUGGUGGCGCAGGUCCGGCGCAGCGUGGCCUUCAUUGUGCAGCAGUAUUCAAAGACCAGCGGCGUUUACCUGUGUGGACACUCAGCAGGGGCUCACCUGGCAGCCAUGGUGCUCUCAACUGACUGGGAGGAGUACGGAGUGACACCAGACAUAAAAGGAGCUUUUCUGGUGAGUGGAGUCUAUGACCUCGAACCCAUCACGCACACCUCCGUGAACAACCUGCUUCAUGUGAGCCGGGAGGUUGCCCGGAGGAACAGCCCCGUCCUGUGCGUGACAGCAGCGACGCCUGCCAGGAAGGCCUGUGAGGUGCUGAUCGCUGUGGCCCAACACGACUCGCCAGAGUUCCACAGACAAUCCCAAGAGUAUUUCCAGGCCUUGCGCUCAGCUGGCUGGAGCGUCUCUUUGCUGGACAUUGCUGACACGGAUCACUUUGACGUCAUUGAGAAGUUAUCCCAGGGGGGCUAUAUCCUGACUCAGGUGAUUUUGAACAUGAUUUCAAGAGCUUGAUUUGAAAGUGAUGGGAGCAAAAUGGAGGCUGCAAACCACAGUGCCACUGACAGUCAGUCACUGCCUGGUCCCCACGUGACCCUUCCUGUUCCUGGGGCAAGACUAGCAUCUCCCUUGUGCAGCCCCGUCAGACGUGCCCCAGCUGCUUGGGACAGACAUUUGCCUUUUCGGCCCCUCCCUGUCUAUCUAGUUCCAGUUCUGUGCAAUCCCUGAUGCUGGCUGGAACAGGGAAGGGCCAGCGGGGCCUAUUAGAAUAUUCUCAGUGGUACCAGAGGUUUUUGUGCCAGGGUUGCUGGGCACAUCACCCUUGUCACACAGGCUGACACCUGGCUGCAGCGUACUGGCCAGACAGUCCAGUGGGGCUCUCCCUGGCUGUCUGGCUCCACUGUGGGUUUGCCCCCUCACAGUUUCCCUGGAACUGGUUCUUGUGAAUAUUAAAUAAAAUCCGAACAUAAAUAA